GUUGAUGCUCUGGGAUGAUCGUAUAUCGAUCUACUGUAUAUGAGAUCAGCAUUUGACACAAAAAUAGCUAUUACUGUUUGGAUGUAUUAAUUCUAUAAAUACUCCCGGCAAAUAUUGUCAUAAGACACGAGACGAGUGGUCAUGUGACAUGCCGUCCCUAAUAAAAACGGAAAAAUUUGCUAAAGAUAAAAGUAACUCUAAAAUAGUUAAAAUGGGCGAUGUUGAGAAAAAGGCAGAAGAUGCUAAAAAUUUUUUAUCAAGAAUUCUGGGUGAUGUUAGCAAAACCUCUGCUACCAAGCAAAUUGUCCUUGGUGCUUCAUCGGGAUGGGCCACAGGUUUUCUUGCCAUGAGGGUAGGCAAGAUUGCGGCUCUUGCUUUAGGAGGCGGCAUUAUAUUGUUGCAAAUAGCAAAUGAAAAAGGUUACAUUAACAUUAAUUGGGAUAAAGUUAAUAGGAACUUGGAUAAAGUUGCUGACAAAGUGGAAGAGCAAAUAACUGGCCAGGGACCUUCAUGGAUGGAUAAGGCUGAAAGACUUGUGGAUAGAAAAGUGACCCAAGCUGAAAACAAACUGAAGAAACAUCAAAAUAAAGCGAAGAAUUGGUUUGCAAAACUCACACAGGAUGAAUGCCGCCUGAAGGAAGUGCACAUAUUUAUAGUAUCUUUUGUUGCCGGUGUAGCCAUUGGAAUUGGUACCGCAUAAAAAUCAAAUUGCUAAAACUUACUUCCAAUAUUUUAAUAGAGUUGGCAGGAUUUAUUUUGUAAUUUGCAGAUUGCAGAAUCUCCAUAACUAUGUUUUAAUUAUAAUACUUAAUUACCAUAUGAUAAUUUAUCGUUAUAAACAGUAUUAAAAUAAAACCUAUAUA